AUGUCUCCAGGAUUAAUACAGACAACAAACGAACAACAGCAACAACAACAACAGCAGCAACAGCAACAGCAACAGCUUAUGUAUCGACAUCAUCGACAUCCUUCCAAUGCUUCCGAAUCAUCCGCUAACUCGCAAUCCAUCCUAGAAAAUAACAACUACCUCACUGGAUACGAUCAACAGCAACAGCAGCAACAACAACAACAACAACAACAGGAUAAUACUAUCUACCUACCAACUCAUCCUCAGAACAACAACAUCCAUUCCGAUAUGAUACCCUCACCUGGGCAAAAGAACACCCUUCAUUCCCCGAACCACAGGAUACCAUCCUAG